AUUCUAGCACACUGUAUUUUCCUUGCACUGUGGAAAGUAUGUGCCGUGGUUGGUUCGUUAAUCCAUGGUGGCGUUCAGGUAAAUAGCGGCAACCGUGCACUUGUUUCAAUCUCCGGUGUUGUUAAAAUGUUCUCGCUUGUCCAAAUGACUGUGGCGAAAUUCCUGAGGAUUCGAGCAUAUCGAAGUUGCUGCUUGUGGGCAACGAGUUCGCGUAUGUGCGCUGACGACACGAGUUUCAGGAACAUGAGCGUCGUGCUGGACGAUCAGCGAGCAGGUCCCUUGCGGCAGUCCGCCGUGCUACGAGUGCAGCUGCCGUGUUCCCUCGCUAUUUCGGCCAUCGGCGACGACUCGGCAGCGGUGACCGCGAGGCUGCUGGGCGCUCGGCCGCAGCUGUUCCUUGGCGGCGAGUCACCGAUCGCCCUUUCGAUCGACGGGACCGGCGCAGGUCAUCUCUCUGUGACCGGCGUGGACGGAGGAGGAGGAGCUCAGGCGGCGCGGCCGGACCUACUGUGCCGUCUGCGCGUGCCCUUCAUGACAAGUAUCGAUGUAGACCUAUCUCGAUGUGCCCAGGCAGUGCUUGAAAACCUAGUACUGGACCAGUGCAGAGUGAUGACACAUGGAUCAGGGGACAUUACACUGUCCAAUGUCAAGGCGAAUUCUGUGACGCUCAACGUGGAGGAUGGUUCCAUUAAAGCCACAGGUACUCUGCAGGGAAACCUGGAAGCUGUAGCUCAAGGGUCAGGGGGAUUCGAGGCUAAGCGGUUCCUGGCGAACUGCCUCAAGGUGAAGACUCUGGUGGGGCAGCAGCGCAUCUCUGCGGUCUAUGCUGACAAGGCAUGCCUGGACUCCACAGAGGGUGCUAUAGACAUAGGCACCCUACACAGCCAAGAUGCUGUACUUGCGUCGCAGUCGGGUGCCAUCACAUUGGGGGGCCUCGACGGGGAGCGGUGCACGGUGACGACCGACUCUGGAGACGUCUCAGUUGUGGUCGCUCAAAGCCAGCAUCUCAGCAUCGUGACAGAGUCUGGAAAUGUGACGCUCAGCUUGAGUGCACCCUGUAACGUGACUGCAGAUGCACCUGUGGUGAAGUCUGACUUCGAUGGCUUGUCGCAAGAAGAUGUUCACUCCCAUCUUGAACCUCAGAUCACCACCAGAAGUCGCUCUGGGAGUGUGAUCAUAAAGAAGCAAGACUGGAUCACUUCGCUCAACCUUGGAGGAGGAGGAGGCCGUGGCAAUAGAUAGUGAUGAAGGAAAUCGCACCAGUGCAAGAGCUAAGAAUAAAAUUUAGAUUGUCCUUACAGUGAAAUAAAAGCAGACCAUUGAACAAUAUUAUUACGGGGAUGUUGGGAGUAUAGAAGAUUAUAUUUACAAUAUAUAUACAAAAUGAGUCUGAGUAGUUAAGAUGGCUGACCAUCAACAACCCGCAG